AUGAACAUGGCGACCACGGUAAUGAAAGAGGUUGUGGUUUGUUCUACGUUAUUACGACAAUGCUGCUCACAGUGGAAAGGUUUCCCUCAAAUGAACGUUUUAAACAGUGCUUCUGUAAUUUCAGGUAUGAAUCAAUCUGUGUUCAAGCUCUGAAAGAUGUUGAUCUGUCGUACAUUAAAUUCGCCAAGUCUCCAUACUCAAAUAUCCCCGUGAGCUUCACACGAUGGAAUUAAUUUAGGGUUAUAGUAUUCCCUAGAAAUAAAAGUUUUCAAAUCGUUUUUGUUUUAAUAUCUUGUGGUUUAUCUGAGCUGCAUGGCGAUCCAAGCUGUGCACUGAUGCAAUAAGUCACGUUUGUCGUGUUAGUGAUGUAAUGUAACUCGUCAAAGAUGUAAACUCUAUAUUACACGUGUAUCAAGGUGCGCCAGGGGAACAAAUGUGCUGCGUAUGUCCCUCCUAACUCCCAUGUCACGGUUUCAGUGUGUUUCGUAUAAAUACUCGGAGUCAGCUUUUAAGAACUUUCUACACUAACAAACCAGAUAUUUUUUCGCGUUCAAAAUGAGUGUUCAGUGGCUCAGCCGCACAUGCUGAAAUUGUACAUGUGUAUAGUCUUAGAAAAUAUUUCCUUUGGAACAUAAUUUUAAGGUCUUAAAUUUGUUUCGAAGAGGAAGUAUUAUGUUAUCUAUUCAACUCCUAAUAUAUUAAUGUUAAUCUCUCUACCUAGUGUUUUCCUCUAAUUUUUUGUUAGGCUUGUCCUGGGAAUCUGGUAUUCUAUCAAGAUCACAUUCCUUUCCUUAAUUCUUGUUACCCACAUACUUAACAGGGUAUUAAAAUUGUUGGUAGAAUUUACAUUCUGAUCACUCCUUACAGACUAAUAGUUGGUGUAAGCUUGCUUAAAGAAUACAAAAUAUUUUAAUGGACUUUUCAGACUUGUGAAGUAAUAAUUAUUACAGUUUUCUUGUUUGAAGUAUAAUAGCCAAUUUGAUGUGUUUACCUCAUGCUACAGGUGUGCGAUUUUUUAGAGGAAGUAACAGAGACAAACGAAGACGAGAGAGAAAUUUAAGGCUAAAACUUAAAGAGCGAGAAGGAAUUCAGCCACUGUGAGUUUGUCAUAAUCAUUUUAAGAGUAUUUUUUAAGUUGUUAGGCUGUGAAUAGGAAUUGUGUCACCAUAACGAUUGAAGUGGUCUCCUUGUUCCGUUGCCUAAAAGUGAAUUUCCAUCACCAAAAAGCAUGGUUGUAUUACCCCCAACUUUUGACCUAAGGUAAAUUUAUGGUUUUAAAUGUAUUUUGAGAUAAGUUUUAAAGUUUGGAGGUGCUACCACACAAGUAUCAAAACCUCCAACCAACAAUGGCAGUGUUGUGACAGCUUAGUAAACUUUGCACCAGGGAUGUUCCAUCCAGGUGGGUAUAAGCAGUCACGGCAACCAUGCAAGGGUUUGACAUCACCUACAGUGUAAACUGUCCUGUUUUUUUUUGGAUGGGGAGGGGGGUAGCCCUAUUCCACAAUAAUGAUGAUUAUAAUAUUCUUUAAAUGGUGAUUAGUAGUAGUUGCCUUAAAGAGUCCAUAGAAAUUUUAUUUUGAACAAGACCACAAUUUUCUUAAGCAAAGUUAAGCAUUUACUGGUGAUCUGAUGCAGUGUUAUUGAAAGUAAAUGAAAGCAUCAGUUCAGUAAAUUAAUUUAUGUUGUUUUUCCUUUUUGCAGAGUUUUUGACAAAAAGAAAUUUUUCAGAAGAAACUUUGAAAGAGAGUUGUUUGCAUUCAAGAACAGACUGGGUUUAACUUUUCAAGAUGAUAACACGCUUAGAACGGCCUUGACUCACGAGUCCUACAAACAUAACGGUAGAAAAGGAUCAGUUCACACACAGGAGAAUAAUGGAAAACUGUCACUGAUUGGUUUGUAGUUUUCCAUUUUUUUUUAACUCUUAAUUCUGACAUCUUGGCUAUAUUUUUUUUCUUAAUCAGGACCUGUUUAUAUCUGUGAUAAAUAGAUCUGUGAUAUCUCUCAGUUACUUUGUUUGCUGUGAUUGUUCAAUUUAGUAGGCUGUGUUUCACUGUACAGCCCCCUAGAUUUAAAGUUUUGUUCAAAAUGAAAUAUUUCCCUCCUUUUUGAUCCCAGAUAUGCAUUAAAUAUCUUACUGACCUCUUUGUCUUGACUUUUGGCUCAGUUGCUUUUCACCAGUAAUAUAAAUCCAAUAAAAAAAACUUGAUUUAUAAUUUAUAGAACAGACCUUGAACUUGGUUAGUUACAGGGCCUAAAAUUGCACCUUCCCUAUUGUUUAUGUAUUUGAAAAUUUUGUGCCUGCAAUCAGAAUUGUAUAGGAUGUCUCUCUGUUAUGAUUCAAUUUUAGGUAGUCUGCAAGAGAAAUGAAAAAUUUUUUUUUUCUUUUACAUGGUACUGAUCAUUUCUUUUUUUAAUAUCUUUUUUAGGAGUCACAGCUUCUUCAUUAUAUAUUGUUGAUCAUUUGUGUAACACAUACCCCUCCCUACCCUGCUUAGGUGUAAGGUAAAUAUCUUACAAACAAAUUCUGUGGUGUCACUGUUUGAUUUUGACAUUGAAAGUAGCAAUGCAAAAUGCAUGUACAGAUGUAUAUAGUAUUACGUUUGUGAGACUGAUUUAUGGCACAGCUAAAGAGAUUUGAGCACACAGUCUCUAUGUCUCAGGGAUAUGUAUGGUGUUGUGUUAACCUUUAAACUCCUAAGAUCUGAUUGUUAAUUCUCCCCUCCAGCUGCUACACAUUUCCUUGUAAAUAAGUUACAAGAAUUUGGUGUUAGAUCAAGAUAACAACCUCUACCUGAUAAUUUUGAAUAUUCUCAUGACCUGUUUGCUGGAUAAUGUCUAGAUAUUAGAGGGAGAAGUUUCUUGUUGAUCACUUCAGGGAGUUAAAGGGUUAAGGCUGCAGAGACAUAUAUUAUACCCAAAAUCUGAAGCACAAAGCAACUUUAUAGUUACUGUACUGAAAUGUGGCCAUUACCUCACAAGUCAACACUACAAGGUUAACCUGCCUAUGAUACUAAUACAGUAGAACUAUCCAAUAUUUUUAGAAGUAAGAAAAGGAUGAAAAAGGCAAUAAUAAGAUAAUAAGUAAUUGUUUAACAAAAUUUUUGAUUCACCCAAGAUUGAAAAUGAAAAUACAGCAUUUCAUUCCCAGUGCACUGUCCAUAUCAUGUGUUUGUGAAUACAACUCCAACAUACUGAUGGAAUGUAAAUUAAGUGUUUUUGCUUUAACCCUUUAACUCCCAAGAUCUGAUUGUUAAUUCUCCCCUGUAGCUGCUACACAUUUCCUUGUAAAUUAGUAAUGAGAAUUUGGUGCUAGAUCAAGAUAGCAGCUUCUACCUGAUAAGUUUGAAUAUUCUCAUUACCUGUUUGCUGAAGAAUGUAUGGAUAUUGAAGGGAGAAGUUUUAUCUUAAUCACUUCUGGAAGUUAAAGGGUUAAAUAUCAUAGAAACUAAACUUAGUUUUGCAAUAAUAUCCUUUCUCAAGUGAUUUCUUUUUCUUCCUUGAUCCAAAAUCUUAGUUUUUGUGCAAUUUUUCAAACCCCCAAGAAACACCAUCAAAAUUAACUCUCUAAUUAUUAACAUCAAACUGCAUUCCUUUACACAGAUGUCUUCAUGAUUUUCUCAUGGGCAGAAGUACCAUUGUAAAGUUAUCAAAACUCAUAGCAUUGGCAGACCUGAUCAGAAUGGAGGUAAAUUUAAUAUUAGAGAUUUGAUUCAUAUCCUGUUUUCAGGUUUGUUGUAAUUACUUAAAAACCUCAAUUGUAUUAAUUUGAACAUUGUUUCCCUCUAAUCUUCUUCUAUCUUACUGACGGCAAGGAAAAUUAUUAAUCAAGCUUAAUUGAAGUACAGUAUGCAUAGCUGUUUCAAGGCAAAAGUGUAAACAGCAAUCUCAAGCAGUAAUCUUGGUAUCCAGUAAUUGAUGAAUUUUAAUAAGUGAAAUAAAUUUAAAAAAUUAAUCUAACCCACAAUAUCCUUGCUGUGACAUGUUCUAAGUUUUCCCUGAAAUCCUACAGUCAAGGAACUGUGAUCUGAGAACUACCCACAAUAUCUUUUCAGGUUGUCUUGUGCACUUUUACACUUUUUUUUUCUGGCAACCUGUCUCAAAACUGUUGUAUACAUAUAUGUGUCACUCUUGGUGUAACCUCAUGAUUUUUCAGCUUGUAUGACAUUGAAUGUUUGAUACUUCAUUCUGCAUUAAUUUUUUUUCUUUUUUUUCCUUUGCUACACAGCAUGACUUAGAUGAACUUAACAAAGAGAAACAUCUGGAUUAUAGACAGGAGGAUGUCAUUUGUGAUGCAUUCUUCGCAUUUAUUGGAGCAAUUUAUAUUGAUCAGGUAAACUAACAUGUAGAAAUAAAUAAUAUAUUAUAAUUACUGGUUAUAGUGUAAACUAAAUAUUUUUCAUCCCACAUUUAAGUCUUUAACCCUUUAACUCCCAAGAUCUGAUUGUUAAUUCUCCCAACUGGCUGUUACACAUUUCCUUGUAAUUCAGUUACGAGAAUUUGGUGUUAUAUCUUGAUAACAACCUUUAACUGAUAAGUUUGAGUAAUCUCAUUACCUGUUUGUUGGAUAGUGUAUGGAUAUUGUAAGGAGAAGUUACAUGUAAAUCACUUCUGGGAGUUAGCAAUUAUCCCAAAUUCACUGCAUGAGAGUCCAUUGCUUCAUCUCCAUUCCAAUCAACAACGGUAAAUACAUGUACCCUGGUACCUAUAUCGCAAAGUACUAACAGCAAUUAUUUUUUUUGCUGUAGUUUAUGGUAUAUAACUCUGUGAUUUCAUUUCACAAAAAAAGCCAUUAAUUUUAGUGAGUGAUGUUAGGUGUAUGGGUUAUUUUGUAAUUAACAAAGGUAAUAUAUUAUUAACAAGGUUAAUGUGUAUUUGUGUUUGAUUGUAUCACUUAUCUGAUUGGUUUGCAGUAGAAAAUUUCAGUAUUUUUUUAUUGACAAUAAUUAUUUGAAUUUAAGGGACCUGCUGAAGCAAGAAGAUUUGUAGAUGACUUUGUCAUUACUCAGCUUCAAGGAGAGGAACUUCAUAAAAUUCUUCACUUCCCAUCAGCAGAAAUAGUCCUGACCAAUAUCUUUAUAACAGGGGGAAAAGAAAAGCCUGUUGCAAGGUAAAAUGAGAGGAUCUAAACUCUUAUAAGUAAUUACAGAAUAAAAUACAUCUCUCUUAUUCUAUGAACAAACAUGAUUGACAUUGCUGAUCCAAGCAGUAUACAGGAAGUGUGUCAUAUAUGAACUUCAUAAGGGCCCUUGCUCACCAUGGAGUCUCUGUGGCUCAAUGGUAAAGCAUCAGAGUGUGGAUUCCUCUUGGGAACUCAGAAUUUUUUCCUUUGUCCAACACUCCUGACCUGAUGAAAAACAUCUUUCUGUAAAAUGGUUGUACUUGUAAGGGUCAAUGAUAUCUCAACAUGCACAGAAAUGUGUUUUUAAACUGUCAUGAGACAGAUGACCAGCUCAGUUGUUAAACUCUUUAAACCCUAAGAGGGAUACGAAUUCUAAUUCUCCUUACAAUAUAACUGCUGAAUCAAACAUUUAAGUCAUGAGAAUAGAGGAAUUGAACACCUAUUAAAACAGCUCUUGAUUGUAAAACAAAUUCUCCCUGUCAGCUCCAUAGAAAUGUAUAAGUGGAGUAUGGAGAAUGUGUAUACUGAAAAAGGUUACUGCAAAGGGCUAAGGGCUAAGUUUGAAUUCAGCUGUUUUCUAAGAGCUUCCUUGUCUCUGGUUUAAAUACUAAUUAAAUUGUUGCAGACUAAUGGUUGCAAUUGAUUGAUCUACAUGUAUUGUUUGCAGAGUAAUCCAAGAAAGUGGAGUGAAAACAAAUUUCCCAAUCUAUGUAGUAGGGGUAUUCUCUGGAGAGCAAAUGAUCUCAGAAGGUAAAGAAUAGCCUUCUUAUUUAUUAAACCUUUAACUCCAAAGAUCUGAUUGUUAAUUCUCCCUUCUAGCUGCUACACAGUUGUAAAUUACAUGUAGUUAUGAGAAUUAAGUGUUAGGUCAAGAUAACAACUUCUACCUGCAUGAUAAGUUUUAAUAUUCUCAUUACCUGUUUGCUGGAUAAUAUAAGGAUAUUAUAGGGAGACUUUUCAUGUUUGAUUAUUUCUGGGAAUUAAAGGGUUAGUAAGUGAUUAAGACUGGCCUGGAACUUAACACUGAACAAUGCUCAGUAAACUACAAUUUAUUUGACAAUUAAACAAUGUGCUUAAAUUCAACUCUUGUAUCUAUUUUGGAUGUGAUUGAAAUAUUUUGAUUGCUAACAUGAUUAGAAAGCUUAACUGUAUAAAAAUCCCCUUGGAAUGUUUAAAGCUUACAAGAAGAGUUUGCAAGUUGCAAGCUUAAGGCAAAUGAUUUUCAAGCUUUGUGAGUGUUCUACCACUAUUCCAAGUGGAUUGUUACACUCCUAGAUAGAUAGAAAAGUGAAUUCUACAUAUAUUUUCAGAUUGCACUCCUAGUAUAGCUACCCAUGUUUUCCAGCCUUCAUUGUUAUUCAGGGCACCAAGCACACAUUUAAUGUCUUGUCCUUUCAACCGAAAAUUGAAAUUCUGGGGUUUAUAUAAAGGUAGUAUUUGACCAGUGAGAUCAAUUGUAAUUGUAAGGUUACUUUAUGGCUUAGUCAACUUUUAGCUACUUUUUUUUUCAUACUUCUUUUCAAGAGCGCACAAUUUCAGAUCUACAUCAUAAUUUAUAUUCUUCCUCUCUAUGGCCAAAACUUUACAAAUGUGUUCACUUGAUGUAUUAUUUUGUUUCUUUACAAUUUUCAGCUUCAAGUUACAAUUUGCUCACUGCUACACAUGAAGUAAGUGAAUGAUAAUUUUUUAUGUAAUGGUUGUGAUGUGUAGAACAUGUCUAAGUGAAAUGCCUUCAAAUGAUUCAUUGAUUGACUGACUGAUUAACUGACUGACUGACUGAUUUGUGUUUCUGCAAGAGAGUUAACUUUCAGGGUAAACUGACAAAAUGAUUGGUAAUUACUUGUGUUGAACUGUCUGUCUGAUUGGGGGUUGGGUCCAAAACUAGCAUCAUCAGCAGUGUAGUUGGAAGCCAGUUACCUGUCUUGUAUCAAUUUUGAACUCACCACUAGGGUGGCAGGAGAAUGCACUCUGAUAUCUGUAUGGCAUUUAUCGGCAUGUUAGGAUGUUUUAUUCCUUUAAUGAUCACUUUUGCAUGGAAAUGGGAGUCUGAUAUACCUUUUGACCACUCUUGCUAACCACACCCUUGCCUCCCAGCAAAGUGAAGAGGCAAUUCUCCUGGGUGCCUCAUAUAACAAAGAAUAGCAAGAAUAUCUUUCUGAAGUUAAUACCAAUAGGUUAGACUUUUUGAGAAGAAAUCUGACAUUUAAGCACUUUUUCUUGUGUUUUAGGCUUGGAAGGCAGCACUAAUGAAAUAUUGCCAAGAAGGAAUGCUGAUGCCUUUCCCCAAAGAGCGUAAAAGUGUACAGAAUGUCUCAUGUUAAAUAAACCACCCUACUUGUAAAUACUGUAUUGUGAAAGGAAUCUUCCCUCAUAAUCCGUUAAAUAACAGUGCUGUGUUCAAUGAUUUCAAUUAUGAAAUCUUGGUAUUAAGAUGAAGAACUCUUAAAAGGAAGAAUUCAAGUGUUGUCAUGACAAGAUUAAAGGAAUGGAAGUAAUGUCAUAAGGAUUGUGCAAAUGGAUAGAAAAUAGGGUGAUCUAUUCCAUACAAAGAGAAAAACAAAGUUCUGUCAACACUUCACUUUAAAAUACUGGAUUUCAACUCUUAACUUAUCCAACUUUCUAAACAUUUCAUGGGGACUUAAGUAGUCAGGCUUACAUCAAAAAUUUUGAAAAUAGUAACCCCUUACACUCCAACAUCAGUAUGCAUAUUCUCCAUACUUUCUCUAUACAUUUCUUUAGGUUCUGAAAAAGAGAAUUUGUUUAACAAUCAAGAGCUUGUUUUAUUAGUUAUUGAUCAUUUCCCUUAUUCUCAUGACCUUGAUGUUUUCUUCAGGGGUGAUGUUGUCAGGAAAAAUUAGAUGCCAGUCACACUAAGGGGUUAAAGGGUUAAAUAUUUUGUUAUUCUUUCAAUGAAAGUGUUGGGAAGCUGAUUAGUAUCAACUCCUAUCACAAGUUUUCCAUAUUCUGCCCUUAACUACUCACAGCUGUUAGUAGUCCGUCAUGAAACUUUAAACGUAGGUGUAAUUUGCCAAGGAGGGGAGGGGGGGAGUUGGUAUAAAAGGGAUUUACAGCAUAUCUUUAUCAAACACCUUUAUUAAGGCCUCAACAGGAGAAAAUUAAUUUAUUUUUAAGGAGCGAUUUCUCGUGUUUUUCCACUUUCACUAACGGUGUUAAUAUACCAGCGUAAAGGUGGCGUUCGUCUGAUCCUCUUGCUGAAAGCGAGCGGUGUUGGUGUCUCACUAACCUCGAAACCCUUAUUGGAAAAUGCACAACCAAAUGCCAUUGUUAUUUAAUUUAUUAUUCUUACAAUUAUUAGGUUUAUUUUGUAAUGAGAACUGCUGAACCUCCCAUUUGCAAAAUUAAAAAUCAAACGGGAAUUGUAUUUGGCGAAUGAUAAUUCAUGAGAGGAACUAUCUAUAAACCAACCUUUC